CAAUAGCAUGAAUGGAUUUUCUGGCACCACAGGGGAAGGCGAGAUAGCGUUACCAGUGGCAGUCGCGUACGAGACCAGUCAAUACUGUGACGUUGGGGAAGGAAGAAGUGUCUUGUGCGUGUGUGUGUGUCUGCGGCCUUUCAGUGCUUUUAUUAUAGUGAUACUGGUCUUGACUUCCCUCCAAGAUGUCUCACGACUACGAGUCCUACAAUGACCCACUCACUGGUGGAAACAUGGAGUUUUCUGAUAAAUCCGUUAGAAUGGGAUUCAUUAGGAAAGUGUACAUGAUUCUUAUGGCCCAGUUGGUGGUCACCUUUGGCAUGGUGGCUCUGUUUACACUUAGCAGUGAUGUCAAGCAAUUUGUCAAAACAACGCCUGCUCUUUUCUAUGUGGCCUUAGUCGGCACUCUGGUCUGCAUGAUUGCUCUGUCCUGCUGUGGGAACUUGAGGCGGCGCACCCCACACAACUACAUCUUUCUGGGAAUCUUCACGAUCUGUGAGGGAUUUUUGCUUGGCACUGCAGCAGCUUCUUUUACUCAGAGUGAAAUUCUUAUUGCUGUUGGAGUCACUGUUGUGGUGACACUGUCACUCACUCUUUUUGCCUUCCAGACAAAGUUUGACUUCACUGGCUGUGGAAUGUUCGUCUUCGUUUCGCUGAUUGUGCUCCUGCUCUUUGGCAUUUUGGCUCUCAUUUUCCAGAGCCAGAUCUUGAAUCUAGUGUACUCCUGCCUUGGGGCUCUGCUGUUCUCCUUUUUCCUGGUUUUUGACACUCAGCUGAUGCUUGGUGGACGCCACAAGUAUUCUCUCUCUCCUGAGGAAUACGUGUUUGCAGCUCUCACACUCUACCUGGACGUGAUUAACAUCUUUAUGUACAUCCUUUCCAUCAUUGGAAAUGCUCGUUCCUAAGUCAAUCAAUGGCAUGUGUAGGUUUAUGAAAAUUUGUUGUAUUCAGUUCAGUUCUUUAGCCAUCCAUCUGAAGCUUCAUUUGUUCCCGUUAGUGCCAUUUGCAUAUAUUUAUUUAGUGACGCCUCUUUUGUUUGGCUCAUCCUUCUCUCUGGAGCUCCAUGGAACUUGUUGAAAGAGUUUUCGCUAGAGUCCGGGUAGAUUGUUGGUCAUCAGGACUGCAUGUGAGUUGUUCUCAGCCAUUCUGCAAUGACUAAAAAUUGUCGGCUUGUGGAUUUGAACGCUGACCACUCAGCCACCACCUCCCUGUUUGCAUAUUCUGAUUAGGGUUCAUACUAUUGGUAUUUUUUUGUUUAUUUUGAAAAGAUAAUUUUUAAUGGCAUGUAAUCUGUGAAGUGUAACCAACUUGAUGUACCUGUGAUGUGAGAUGAUUAGCAAAUGGCAGGUGUUGGGAACACAAUAGUCAAGGUUGACAUGUAUACCUUUUUUUUUUUCCAUGUGUUGACUUGCCAAGCACCCAGAUAUUUUAAUUUUUCUGCUCAUGAUGGAGGCAUGGGUGACUACCUGUAAGCUGUGAUACACUCAAGUUGGAACAUUCCUGAGUGGGUGCUACAUACCCACAAAUGGCCUCCUAACCUGCUUCCCAGUGUGCCAGGUUGUUGGUCAUGGCAACACUGAUCAGCUUCUUCUCAUGAUCCAUUGAGCCAGCCACCCAACAGUCACGAUGGAGGGUGGAUGGAUGUAUUACACCAUGUGAGAAUUCUACCUUUAGCCAAUCUCUUAUCAGCAUGGAGUAAAAAAUGCAUCUCUUAUCAGAGUACAGAUUCUCAGGUUUGUCAGAGGUCCUCAAUUACUUUAAAUUAUUAGAAGAUGUUAGGAAGGAGGAAUUGGCCAGUAGAAAACAAUAAAAAUACAGAAGCAAGGAAUGUGCAGUAAGCCCUAUUUCACCUGCCACCUUCCUCUACCUGUUCCUUGCAUCUGCUCGUACCAAUCACAGCCACACUACCACAACUAUCAGGGGUCAGAGAUGAUACCCACACCUGUCCCCAUGCCCACACCGUCUCUCAAGCAUCUUGGAACAGCGCUGAGGGGAUAAAACAAACCCGCCCAACCUAAAUUGUACAACCACAAUUACAACUGUCCCCAGCAAUAACCUUACAUUAUUCGAGCACAGUCCACGUCACCACUGUGCUUUAUCAGUAAACACUUUUCUUGAUUUUAUUUACAUGUGCAUUGGCUAAUUCAGUUUAGGUUUGGAUUUACUCUGGCAUUUCAUUUUCUUUCACAUUCGGUAAGUCUAAGAUGCUUUUUGUUAGAAAAGUUUGAUCUCGGCUCAAAAAUUUGCCAGGAUCAUGGUGUUCCGUAAAAAUAAUGUUGUUUGCCCCACUAUGCACAAAUUCAAGGUGAGUGUACUGACUGAGUCAAUGCUGUCUUUUGAAAGACAAGAAUGUCACACAGGGAACUUAUUGGACUUGGAAUCUCUACUAAAUGCCACAGUCAAUCCUCUAAACUCUUUCCUUAGUACUCAGUAUAAUGUACCUAUGUAAUGAAAUAUCUCACAUAUUAUUAUAUAUACAUAAUAUAGACUUGUAUCCAUGUUUAUCACAUUUUUUAAGUGUAUGAUGCAAUAUCCUUCCUACUUGUAUAAUGGGUCCUUGCUAUUUGCAGUUUUAUAAUUUAAAAUCUUUUACUAUUAUACCUCAGUGGUGUAGUGGUUAGCAUGCCUAGCUAUAAAUCUGGGGGCCUUGAAUCCUGGUCUGGCCAGUCGGUGUGCAGCCCACCCAGCUGCUUGUCCUUUUUUUGAGGCUGGCCGAUAAAUGAGUACCUGGGGAAACCUGGGGGGUAAACUGUGGUAAACUCAUCCCCUGCAUGUGGGGGCAACAGGUUCUCAUCCACCACAGACUCAAGGGCCUAUGAGAUGGAGAUGAGCACUGAGGCCAUGUAUAACUAUAGUGUAUGGAUUAGUUUUCCCAUUAACCAUCAUGUAUGCCUACUGAAACAAAGAAUAAUUGAUUUUAUGUUGACCUUAGGGUAAUAUUAUUUUAUCAAAAGCCUUGCAGUCUUCCCUCUGAAGCAGGUAAUUAUACUGAAAUAUUUAAACAAUUGCUUGAUAUGCUCAUUGCCAUGAGAUAAAUUGUUAGUUCUUUUAGAACACAUUUUAAAUGUUUUCUGCACAUGUAUUUCAGCCAGUGAAUGUUUUUUUUAUUGCAGAGAGCUGCUAUUAGCUUGGAAAAAAGGUGAUCAUACAUCAUGAUUAAGAUGCAGGAAGCAGAUUUUUGUAAAUCAAAAUACUUGCCAGGAGAAUUGUGGUUCAGGUGUGUUACUGCUGCAGGUGUUUGUGAAAAUCUUGCUCUGCAUUUUGAUUAAAAGACAGAUUAUUAUGUUUUGAAGGUUGUAGUUCAUUGUCAUAACAGCUGUUUGAUGUAGGACACAGUAUAGCAUAUAGAGUGCCCACUAUAAAUUUUGGGUAGAAAAAUAUGCAGCUUAUUUCGUUUUGCUGGUAUCGGUGAUAAGUCGAGUUUCAUUAGGUAUAAACUUUUCAUAAAGUGAACUAAUACCAGAAACUGCUGAUAUAGAUACCACAGAUCUGGUGCCUCUACUUAGUUCUAAUACCAUUUGACAGAUGGUGGCUCAUAUUGCAUGGUGUUUGUGCAUAUAUGGGGACCAUGAUCAUAUGGCAAUGUUAUUAGUUAUCUAUUUCUUUCAGAUAUAGCACCGAAGUCUACAAUGCAGUAUGACUUUAGAAUACUGAUAUGAUGAGAAUCAAUCUCCUUUUAGUUACUUAAAUAUAUUAGCCAGACUUCUAGAAGCUGGCUGCAAAAUUUUUAAACCUUGGGUCAGUUGUUCAGAUUCUGAAAUCAAUUUUAUCAAUGCAUCUCUUGUCCCAUGAUCAUCGCAUUUUUUUAAUAUUUUCGUUUUGAAAGGAUAGCAAGAAAAAGCCAAGCAUAUUGUUUUUCUUUCAUAAACAGAAUGUAUACAUGACUGGAGGAGCCUGUACUAUGCUGAAAAUAUUUGUUUAUGACCUGAAUACUGGGUUUGGCUCUCACAGGCUCAAGGGCCAAUGUGACGGAGAUGAGCACUGAGGCCAUGCGUAGCUUUAGUGUAUGCCUCCAACUUUGCCUUUGCUACACAGGUGUCAUUAUUGACAUUUCAGUACUAUUCAUCAGGGUUUGAAAGGCACUGCAUUAGUUGUCAAGUCUCCUCAUCUGAGGGUCUGGGCACUCAGUUCUGGGCUUCAGCUUAACUUAGUAAAGGGAGUAGCUGUCUGUAUCAUGUAUCAUUUUCUCAGUGGUUAUACUAAAAGGGUUGCACAGUUAAGAAAAAAGAGAUAUUGUUGGUCCUAUCCCUUUUGAGUGAGUGCAAUUUGCUUAAUCACUCAGAAGGGGCAUAUGCCAGGGAGCGCGUCAUCUCACCCAGCCUGUGAUAAUGUGUACUACAGACAGAAGUCAUUGCAGCUGUUUAAUCAUUCACUGAAAAGACAUUUUUGCAUUUGUAUUUUUUGUAAUUGAUAAACUGUUUAAUGAUUAUUGAUAUAUAUGUUAUCAGAUUUACAUUAUGCUGUUUAUAUUGAAAUCUUGUUGACUUAAUUUAUAGUGGAAAGUAUUUUUAUUGAAAAAAUUGCAUUUCUCCCACAAGGGAUGUGUCAGAAAGCAACUUUUUUUCAUGUUUGUGCUUGCAGUUAUGCCUAAUGUAGUUUGAUUUAUUUAUCUUAUUGCUUUGGGUAUUUCAUCUGGUUUCCUGGUGGCAUUAGUGCUGUGAUUAGGGUUUUUGGUAUAUUUUAAUUAUUUUAAUGAUUUACCUGUUAGAUAUACUAACCUGAUUAUUUAUAGUGUACCAAUAUUUAUUUCUAUACUAACCUGAUUGUUUAUAUAGUGCACCAACGUUUUCAUCUUUCUGUGUCUUUAUUUGAAACUCUUCCAAGAGAAGGGUAGCCAGGGCAAGAAAUUGCCUGGUGUUUUUUUUUUCACUGCUCUAGUUUUUAACAAUCUUCACUCCUUUUACAGAAUUGAAUCUCACAUCCAUUACUUCAUUUCUCAUUGUUGAAGGGUUUCCUUUAAAAAAUUCUCCUUCAUAUAUUUUUGACUAACUGGUCCUAGUUCUCCCCACAAUAAGUGUGCAGUGGCUGAUCAUUAAAUUUGUUUUCACCCCAUAGUAAAUCAGAUAGCAGAACACAAUUCAUAUGAUAGGUUCAGACACAGCAUCCCAGCCUCAACUAAAUAGUUCAUGACAGACUCGCCAGUCCUGUAGCAGCAUGUUGUAUCCCUUAACUCGUAUAACGCGAGUUGGUAGUCAAGCAGUGUGAUGAACGUUAGGAAAGGCCUUGUAUGUGCCUUUGUUUAUUUACUCUUUCUGGAGUAUUUCUUGAUUAGCUGCUACUGUUGUGUAGGCAGUGCAGGGUGUCAUCCAAGCACACGUUAUGCCAUCAGGAGCGUGGGUGGAGGCAGGCAAGGGCUGCUGGGAUAGAGAGCAUGACAGAGCUGCUGUAAUCAUCACCUUCAGGUUCUGUUGAUUUAUCAGUUGAAGCAAACUGCUUUUGAUAGUCAUCCCGUUGUACAAAAGAAUAAACUGUAGAUUUCUGAAAA